AUGACAGAAUCAAGGAUAUCAUUUGAGGAUGUGGCUGUAGUCUUCUCCUGGGACCAGUGGCAGCUGCUUAGCCCUACUCAAAUGAGUUUAUACAGAGAUGUGAUAUUGGAGAACUGCAGCAGCCUUGUCUUCUUUGGUAAUCAAACCACCAAACCUGAUGUAACUUUCAAGCUAGACCAGCAAGAGUCACAGAUAAUGGGUGAAGAAUGCCUAAGUCAAAACUUUUUAGAGAUCUGGCUAGACAGUUAUUCUGAACUAUGGCCUCAAGAUAAACAAGACAAGCCUAAAAGGAUGGAGAGAGGCAAUGGAGAUAAUGUUUUGGAGGAAACAUGCCAGUCAAGCAUGAACUCUGUUUAUUUAGAAAUGAGAUUCCAUAUAUGUGGUACAUGUGGAAAGAAUCUAAAAAGUCUUUUAAAUUUUUUUAUUCCAAAAGGUAACCAUGUAAGAAAAAAAAAAAGUAAAGUCAGUAAGAAAUUAUUAUUUUAUCUAAAAUUUGACAAACCCCACAGUAAGAGAAAAUCCCAUGAUUGUAAUAAGUACAGAAAAGCAAACAGUAAUGAGUCACAGCUCGUUACAAAGCAAAGAACACAUUCAGGAAUCUUUUUAUGUAUGGAAUGUGGUAGAAUUUUUAACAAGAAAUCGCAGCUUAUUGUACACCAGAGAAAUCACACAGGAGAGAAGCCCUGUCAGUGUGGGAAAACUUUUGCACAAAAGUCCCCGCUUGCUCUUCACCGAAAGACUCACUCAGGGGCUGAACCAGAUGGUUGUGAUGGACGUCAGAAAGCUGUCAGUGGGAAGACCCUGGACAUUCAGCACAGAACUCAUACUGGACAGAAGCCCUAUACACGUGGAAAAGCCUACAGCAGGAAACCACAGCAAAACAGGCAGGUGAUGAUUCACACAAUACAUAAACCUUAUCGUUGCAGUCAUUGUGGGGAAGCUUUCUCUCAGAAAUUGAAACUUAUCAUUCAUCGAAGAACACAUCCAGGAGAAAAACCCUAUAAAUGUAGUGAGUGUAGAAAAGCUUUCUUUUGGAAUGCACAACUCAUUACUCAUCGGAGGUCACCUAGAGGGAAGAAACCUUAUGUAUGCAGUGAAUGUAAAAAAGCCUUCAGGACGAACUCACUUCUCAUUAGGCAUCAAAGGAUUCACCCGGGAGAGAAACCACAUAGAAGCAGGGAAUGUGGUGAGGCCUUCAUCGGAAAGCCACAACUUGCUAAACAUCACAGGACCCAUACAGGAGAGAAGAAAUGUUAUAACUUUGAAGAAGUUUUUUUCAAGAAGUCAAAGCUAAUGAGACAUCAAAAAAGUCACUUAGGGGAAAAGCCGAAUAAGUGUGCUGAGUUUGGAAAAAUAUUUCCUGAAAAGUCACAGCUCCUGACACAUCAAAAAAGCCACUCAGGAGAGACACCACAUAGGUGUGCUGAGUGUGGAAAAACAUUCCCUGGAAGGUCAUCGCUCCUGACACAUCAAAGAACUUACACUGGGGAGAAACCUUACAAAUGCAAUCUGUGUGGAAGGGCCUUCUCCCAGAGGUCAAGCAUAAUAACACACUAGAGAACACACACGGGUGAGAAACCCUUCAAAUGUGGUGACUGUAGGAAAGCCUUCACUGAGAAGUCGAACCUCCUUCAUCACAAGAGAACUCACACUGGGGAAAAGCCCUUUGGAUGCAGUGACUGCGGGAAAGCCUUCGCAUGGAAGCCACAUCUCCUUCAGCAUCAGAGAAUUCACACAGGGGAGAAACCCUUUGAGUGCAGUGAGUGUGGGAAAGCAUUUGUUCAAAAGGUGCAACUCCUUAAGCAUCAGAGACACCAUACAGGAGAGAAGAUCUAUAAAUGCAGUGGUUGUGAAAAAGCUUUUUUUGAGAAGACACAGCUUACGAUCCAUCAGAAAAUCCAUACGGGAGAGAGACCUUAUACUUGUGGUGAAUGUGGGAGAUCUUUCACUAGAAACUCACAUCUAAUGAGGCAUAAGCCAAUUCAUACAAGAGAUAAGUGCUAUAGGUGUAGUCAGUGUGGUAGUAUCUUCAACAAGAAGUCACACCUUAUCAGACAUCAAAAAGAUCAUAUAAUAAAGGCCAUAUAAAUGCAGGGAGCUUGGAUAGAUGCUGCUAGAUUCAGAUGUCCCCCUAACACUUCUGGAGAAUGUUCAAAAGAGUCUAUCAAGACCAUGACUGCUGAAACAGCUUUAGGAGUUGGGAAUCAGAAUGAAAAAAGGAGGCUGUUUGUAGAGGUAGACGAUAUGAAAAUAAGUUUUCCCAGAAGCCACAGCUUAGUGCACUUGAGAUAAGUUAUCAUGGUAACAAUGGUUUCAGUACUUCUAGAGAGAGUACUAGAGCCUCUAGUUACAAGUAUUAGACAGGAGAAAAGCUGUGAUUGCAAGUGAGCCAGAGACCUCAUCUGAAAGGGAUAACCCAUCGACCACUAAAGAAAGCUAACAAAGGGUACUCUGAGUAAGAGUUCAGACUGAUUAUUCAAGGAGUGUAGUUAGUGGGAUCCUACUCGAGUGAUUUUUGUGGGGGAGUUGUGUUCAUUAUAUAUGAAUUACUGUAAAAAGUUGUCUGUCGGGGCUGGUGAGAUGGCUCAGCGGGUAAGAGCACUGACUGCUCUUCUGAAGGUUCUGAGUUCAAAUCCCAGCAACCAUACAUAUGGUGGCUCACAACCACCCGUAAUGAGAUCUGACGCCCUCUUCUGGCGUGUCUGAAAACAGUUACAGUGUACUUAAGUAUAAUAAUAAGUAAACCUAAAAAAAAAAACAAAAACAAAGUUGUCUAUUUUA